CAGAUCCUAUGAAGAAACAGUGUGGACAGAGGGGAGGCGUAACAGUGCUGCUCUGCUCAGUGUACAUACCAGCAUAUGAAUUAGUGUUGAGCACAGUGCUAAGCAGAGUUUCAAGGCAGCAGUUCAUGGGUGCACUGGAUCUAAUUUGACUUUUACCUGCGUUUUCAUGUGCAGCUGAUCUGCUGUGUGAGCUGUAAGAAACGUACUGACACUUCUGAAAGACUUUUUUUCUCGGUGUUGGACCCUACACCUGUUACAUCUGCACAGUCUCGUUCUAACAGCAGGUGUCAACAUGCUGGAGCAGGUUCUGUCGUUCGGCCGCUCCCUGGUUCGCAGGAAAGUGGUCGACCUGAGCAACCUGGAGGACUCAAAGCUGUGCCGCUGCCUGGGGACCGUUGAUCUCAUUGCCCUGGGAGUUGGCAGCACUCUGGGCGCUGGCGUCUACGUCCUGGCCGGCGAGGUGGCCAAGGGCGACUCAGGCCCCAGCAUAGUCAUCUCCUUCUUAAUUGCUGCCCUCGCCUCUGUCAUGGCCGGCCUGUGUUACGCUGAGUUUGGCGCACGCGUCCCCAAGACUGGCUCUGCUUACCUUUACAGCUAUGUGACUGUGGGAGAGAUCUGGGCCUUCAUUACUGGAUGGAACCUCAUUCUCUCCUAUGUGAUUGGUACCUCCUCAGUGGCCCGGGCUUGGAGCGGCACAUUUGACGAAAUGAUAGGAGGGCACAUAGAGAUGUUCUGUAAGACCUACUUCAGCAUGAACUCUCCUGGUUUGGCUCAGUACCCUGACUUCUUUGCCGUCUGCCUGAUACUGCUGCUUUCUGGACUGCUGUCGUUUGGGGUGAAGGAGUCAGCCUGGGUCAACAAAGUCUUCACUUCGAUCAAUGUGCUCGUACUCUUGUUCGUCAUCAUCUCUGGCUUUGUCAAAGGAGACUCACAAAACUGGAACAUCACUGAAGAAUCCCUUAUUAAUGUCACCAUAGUUAGAAGGAACUUGUCGGUGACAGCCAACGUGAGCAGUGAUUAUGGAGUUGGAGGAUUUAUGCCCUUCGGCUUCAGUGGGACCUUAGCUGGAGCUGCUACCUGCUUUUACGCUUUUGUUGGAUUUGACUGCAUUGCAACUACAGGCGAGGAGGUGAAGAAUCCUCAGAGAGCCAUUCCUAUCGGCAUCGUGGUGUCACUGACCGUGUGCUUCCUGGCGUACUUUGGUGUGUCAGCCGCACUCACUCUGAUGAUGCCCUACUACCUGCUGGAUGAGAAGAGCCCUCUGCCCAUGGCCUUUGAAUAUGUGGGCUGGGGCCCUGCCAAAUAUGUGGUCGCUGCAGGUUCACUGUGUGCCCUCUCCACCAGUCUGCUGGGCUCCAUUUUCCCCAUGCCUCGUGUAAUCUAUGCUAUGUCGCAGGAUGGGGUGCUUUUCAAAGUCUUAGCCCGAAUCAAUCCUAAGACGAAGACCCCACUUAUUGCCACUAUGACCUCCGGUGUAGUAGCAGCCAUCAUGGCUUUCCUGUUUGACCUCAAAGCACUGGUCGACAUGAUGUCCAUCGGAACUCUGCUGGCCUACUCGCUGGUUGCUGUGUGUGUCCUGAUUCUCAGGUACCAGCCAGAUGGAACCCUAGAGCGGCGAGCAGGCACCAGUGAGAGAGACUACCUGUCCUCUGAGGAGGGCGAGUCUGACCUGACAGAGUCAGAGUCCCACCUCAACAUGCUGAAGGGUGGCAGCUCCACCCUGCAGGCUGUCCUGCACCCUGCUGUCUCACCCUCUGAUCAUUCCUCCAGUGUGGUCAACAUGUCCAUCUGUGUGCUAGUGCUGGUAGUGUGUGUGGUCAGCUACCUCACCACGUACCACAUCUACUCCAUCCUUGGUAUGGAAGUGUGGAUUCUGGUGUUGCUGGCCGUGUGUCUCCUCAUCUUCAGCGGCUGCGUCUUCAUGGUCUGCAGGCAGCCUCAGACUAGCAAGAAGGUCUCCUUCAUGGUUCCCCUUCUGCCCUUUCUGCCCAUUCUGAGCAUAUUUGUCAAUAUUUACCUCAUGGUCCAGCUCAGUGGAGACACCUGGAUACGUUUCUCUGUGUGGAUGUUUGUGGGCUUCCUGAUCUACUUUGGCUAUGGCAUGUGGCACAGUGUGGAGCGCCAGCGUAACCUUCAGAAUCCUUCAAAAAGCAGCAGCACCACGGAACACAACAAGACUGGCGGGGAGAAGCAGGUUGCUAUGGGUGCAGUGGGAAAAGACCAGGAGUCUUUCAUCUGCCCAGAAAAGACCAGCCAGUGUUAAAGCGAAAGAUUCUGUGAGGCGACGGAUGCAUAAAAGCACACAGCAGCUCUGCCUCGAUGCACCUGUUUAUACAGCUUCGCCAUGUGGCGCCUUAGUCACAAGCACAUUCAGCCUGCAAAGGCAGCGUCAGUACUCUGUAUCAGCGGCCACACGAUGGGGAGCCGCUCUAUCACUGUGAUGGAACCACAUCCUGUAGGUCACAUGGACAGCAUGGAGGCAGAAUUGAAAGGACAGGUAACACACUGGAGAGUGAUGUUCAUUUCUUUUAACGAUGAAGCAGUCAGCGCACGACUGCAGCAAAGCUUUUUCAUUAUGGACUUCUUAGUGCUUGAUGCUCAUUUUAUUUUUUCUGUUGCUCUUUACAUUUCAAGCAGAUUUAUACAAGUGUUUUUUUAAAUGUAAAAUCUGGGAAAUCCGUCUCAUCCAUUUAAUGGCACAGAGUAUUAUUAGAUUUUGAUACAACACUCGUGUACAUUAGAAAUAGUGUUAGUUCAUUGAUGUCGACGGGUCUCCAACGUUGGGAAAGUUAGUGGGUCCUCAUCCUGCACGACAAUGGCCAAAAUGAUAAUCACAAUUAUUUUGAUCAAUGCUGAGAUCACGAUUAUUUAUCACAAUUAUUAAUUGAUUUCAGGCACAAAAUAUUUUUACUGCACUGUCACAUUUAAAUAAACAGAGCACUGCUUUCACUUCCAUGUUGUGCUACUUCCUGCUAAUGUACAAAUCUUUACAUCUCCUAGAAAUAACAUGUAAAUAAAACUGUAUCAAAACAUUAAACCCAAAAAUAAAUCCUUCGCCUGAAUUCAGUGCAUCUCCUAGGAACAAAACAUAAAUAUAACUGUACCUAAAAUAUAAGCUAACUAAAAUUAGAUGUGCCAACACAGAAUGCAACCAAAUGAAAACAGCCUUUAUAUUGGACACAUAUUUUUAGUGUAAUGUGAUUACAGUUGUUAUUUCAGUCUGUCUUUGUGAGCUGGUUGGAGUCUGAGGUGAUGCUGGACAAAGACAGGGAUUCAAUGAGGUAACUUAAGUGACUCUUCACCUUCUGCUCCAGGCAUUUGAUUUUCAUUUUGCUCGUCUGCUCUCUGCUGUAUAUUACUUUUUGCCUCUGCUGCAGCAGCAACAUUCAGGAAGGUUUUUCACAGGCUGCCGCUGCAGGGUACACAUGCAACCUCCAAAAAUAGAGGCUGGCUGUUAGUUUAGGAAACGCUUGAUUUGAUAUGCAGUGGACUUUUCUAAGAGUGGAGCACACAUUGUAUACAUCGGUAGCGAUUUUGUGGCUGUUUCUGGUCAAAUAAAAAGGAUCUUACUUUUACCAACAAGGUGUAUCUCUGUAGGGAUCCUUUGCAUAAUGUUGUCUGACACUUAGAAUAACAAUUUAAGCCUGUCAGCGGCAAAAGCAAGUACUUCUAGUGGACAUGCAUUGACGGUGCAAACAUGCUCUGAGUUAUCACAUUGCAGCCUGUGGGGCAAUGCUGGCUGCAGCAUUCUCACUCAGUACCAGACCAAUUUAGAAUAAUUGUUGUUCCUAUUGGUCACUUAGAAAUAAAUAUGGAGGAAAAUAGUACUAGCCCUGCGAUAGUCUGGUGACCUGUCCAGGGUGUACCCUGCCUCUCGCCCGAUGUCAGCUGGGAUAGGCUCCAGCCCCCCCGCGACCCUCAAGAGGAUGAAGCGGUUAGAAGAUGAAUGAAUGAAUGAAUGAAAAUAGUACUGUCUUAACCGGAGUACCUUGCCACCAAAAAAACAAGCACAAUUACUUAGAAAUUGAAGUAUUGUAUUACUGUAUAAUACAAGAUCUGUCUUACCACAUAAUUUAGAUGGCCUUGACAUUUUUUGAGGUUUAUUCUGUUGCAUUCAGUGUCGUUCUUAAAAGACUGGAGUCUGCAUUGCUCUAUAACCACCCUGAGGAGCCUUUUUGUGCUGCACUGAAGACUCAGUUCUUACAUUUCUCCCUCUGGGCUUUAAGGGGCCAUCCUGUUUUUCCUGUACUGCCAGUGAUUUACACUAAUCCUACACUUUUCAGGAGGUCAGAUACCGAGGCUGUAAGACGUUGGUGAGUGAUAGGUUUGAUUGAUAUCUGCAGUGCAGCGUUUUACAUGAAUGUGGAAAAUUUCAGAAGCUUGUCUCAGCAGGAAUAAGGUAAGUAUCCUACUGUCAGUAGUGGUGCAGCUGGGGGAGGGUGAGUGUCGUGGUCAUAAUUGCAAAAAUAAUCAAAAUAAUUGGAGGCCUCUGUUUGUGGUGGGGUUUUUUUUUUAUUUGAGUAGGUGUGUUCCCAGGAAAUGCUUUGUUCCUUACAAUCCACGUGGUCAUUCAAAUUAAAGCUGUAUAUUUGUCUUUUUAAGGAAAAGGACAACCAGCCCAUCUGAGGAACAAUGAAUCAUCUAAAGCCCAGUUCAGACCAAAGACUUGCAACGGGACAAGUGGAAACAGGCAACUAAUUGCAAUGUGCUGUUCUGCAAUGUUCUAAAAAGCUGUUGGUUCACACCAAUACAACUAGAUGAGAUGGAGUAUCAUUUCUAUGCAACAACUCUCUGUACGUCCGUUCUAAAUUCCAGCUUUAUAGGCUUGUUUUGUGGCUGAAUAUAAUUUAUAGUUUCUUAAAAUAUGAAUGAGGAAAUGAUAGGGAGAUACUAGCUACAGCUGCAUUUGUUGUAUUGAUAAAACUGCAAAAAACAGAAACAAAACGAGCAUCAGAUGGACUGUAUUCAAGAUAAAUACAACACAAUAAUAUUUAUAACCAGUGCCAAUUAAUCAGUCAAUGAAAUGUGUUUGUGUGUGUCUGUGUGUGUGUUGGGGCACUGUGAGGACAAAAAACUGAGGGCAAACAUUCCAUCUGCGGUCAUUUUGACUUGACCAGUGGACUUCACUACAAGCCGAUUGGCUGUUAAAACAGGUGACGUGCUUUAUAUACUUUAUAUUCUAAAACCAGCCACCGUUGAUUUGAGCAUUGGAGUUGCAGGUGACACCAUCAGCCGGCACACACCGCUGCAACUUUUGUCUGUAAUGUUCUAAAAUGGUUUUGUCUUGUUGCGAAUCUUUGGUCUGAACUGGGCUAUAGGCACUGACACAUUAAAACAGGAUUGUUGUAGAACUCAAAAUGUUCACUGUGCCAAUAUUAACCCUAACCCCAUCAGAAAAUUAGUGACAUUAACUGUAAAUUAAGAAACCAAAAUUUAUCAGUAUGAGAUUCUGUAACUCUUGACAUAGUUUUCAACCAGCCUUUAUACUUCUACAGCAUAACAGAAUAACUGAAAUUCAGUCACAGCUUUUGGUUUUGGUGUGCCACCCCAAGAUUUUCAGUGGCCCCAUCUGGCCACCCAUAUAAAAAAUCUCUGCCAUUGCCCCUGCUGAACUUAACUGCUACAUUAACAGUGUACAGUCUUCCAGUGCGGUCACAGGAUGACGUACAUAGAAGUAUACAUGAUGUCAUGAUGUAGUAUCACUUGUUACCAACUGUGCAGACAA